UUUCAUUCGGAUUGGAUAUUAACUUCUCCGUAGAAUGAAAUUGCCAUCGGUAACAGAAUAAGAGAAUGAAGAAAUAGUUUGAUUCGCGGAUACACGUUACCGCAUUAGCUGUUCCUUCUCCCGGUGGCAACGCGCGCGGCUAAAUAAAUCGAAGACAGCGCCGGCGGAGAAGAAGGAAUCGAGAGGAAGCAGGUCAAGCGCUGUCUUUGGGCAUCGGAUUGAUCGGAUUUUGGGUUCUUAUUGUUUGCUUGAUCCUUUUGAUCUUCGUUUCGGCGGUCGAUUUGAUAGUUUUGGCGAUUUGGGGGAAUCUUACUUUUGAGGAAGGGGAUGGUUGGGUCUGAUCUGAACAGCAAGCGCGGGGGGUGGCUCAUAGACUACGGAGGGGUAAAGGAAGAUGUCCUUGAGUCCGGUUUCCUCUGGGACACUCGAAUCGUCGACGAUCCCUCCGCUUCAAGUGCAAUGCUUGGUUUUGAUGUUCCACUCAAGGAGGAUAAAUGCUCAAACAGUGAGUCUAAGAAACGAAACCGUGCGGAAUCAUGUGCUGUGCCAGGAUCAAAAGCUCGCCGUGAGAAAAUACGUAGAGAUAAACUUAAUGAUAGGUUUACAGAAUUGUGCUCUAUCAUGGAGCCCGGAAAACCUCCUAAAACAGAUAAAUUUGUCAUCUUGAGUGAUGCCACUCGUCUUGUAAAGCAAUUACGGGUUGAAGCAAAGAAGUUCAAGGAGUCAAAUGAAGCACUUCAGAUUUCUAUCAUAAGUGUCAAGGCUGAGAAAUUGGAACUACGCGACGAGAAAAUAAGGCUGAAGUCCGAGAAGGAGUACAUAGAGCAUAUGCUGAAAGGCAUUGACAGUACAACCCAGUUUGUCACUCAACCUGCUCCUUCAACACUCCAUCUUGCAUCAGCACCAGCCUGCACGAAAACCAUCCAGCAUCCGAACUACCUACCAAUCGGAAUGUGGCAAUGGAUACCUCCUGCAGCUCUGGAUACUUCUCGGGAUCAUGUGCUAAGGCCGCCUGUUGCAUAGUCAUUCCCAUUAAUGUUUCAUUUACUUUCCUUAACAUCAACUUCCUGUGUUGUUCGAUAGUGUUGUCCACUUAUCUAAAGCUGCCAGAACUUAUAGUAAUCUCUAAGAAUUUGAAGCCCCAUUCAAAGCUUUGUUUGGGAUCCACACAAGGAAAACUAAAAAUCUUCAGCCUUGUUUCUGAAAUUUGAUAUAGUAUGCCACUGUUUCAUCCUCUACUAUUAUCAUCA